AUGGCGGACUCGUUUAUUGAUGCGCCUGAUGGGGCGGGAUGUCAGAUACAGGCCUUUUUACUCCAUACCUUUGUUGGGGCUGAUGCGUUGUGGACCCUUGCGAUGGCGAUUAAUGUUUACCUUGCGUUUUACUAUCGCUUCGAUGCGCAGCGAUUGAGGAAGAUGGAGUUGCCGUAUUUAUUGCUCUGUUAUGGUAUCCCAUUCUUGCCGGCAUUCGUCUUUAUCUUUAUCAAGAAUGGCGACGGCGUGAGAGUUUACGGUAGCGCUAUUCAGUGGGUCAUAAUCGCCAUCACUCUCGCAAUCUACAUCCGCUCCGGUGGCACCAUCUACCGGAAACGCCAACAACUCCUCAAAGCGCAGGGCUCCGGCUCAGGCGGUCUCUCAUACGCCCACCAAAGCACUGUCAACAACAUGAAGACCACCGAAGUGACCAUCACCUCCGAAGCAGCAACCCAACCCGACGCUAUACAAUUGCAAAACAUGGGCCAUCAAGUUACCGUGCUUGCUAUUGGCGAGCCCCAGCCACCUCAACCGAUUGCUCGUGUAACCAGCACCAUGCCCCAACCUGUCGCGGUGCGGCCCAGCAACGAUGUAUAUCGCGCGGCAUGGGCCUAUACAAAAGUCGCGAUGCUGUUUUUUGCGGUGAUUUUAAUUACCUGGAUUCCGUCAAGUGCUAAUAGAAUGUACUCCCACAUUCAUCCGUCAGAGGUUAGUAAGCCUUUGCAGUUCAUGAGCGCAACGGUUCUUCCGCUACAGGGAUUUUGGAACGCGGUUAUUUACGCUGUUACAUCUUGGGCGGCGUGUAAAGCGCUGCUGGAGGAGAGAGGACUCUGA